CAUUGUUUCUGAAGGUUUUUGCAGCAUGGUUCUAUCAAACAAGAAGCUAAAGCAAAGGAUACGAGCUCAACUAGCCGAAUCCUUGGCCAAAUCAGAGUCUCAAGCAAACAAAUCUGAUCUCAACGACUCGCAAACCCAUCAGUCCAUCAAAUCUCUCUUGAAUUCGGCAACCCAAAAACCCAAAUUAUCUAAAAGAGAAAAACGCAGAGUUAACAUCCCGUCUCUUCAAGGAACUUCAGAACUUCAAAAUCAUGAGAAUGGUGUUGAAGAGAGGGAAAGUGAAGAGGGUAAUGGUGGGUUGAAGAAAAAUAAGAAGAGGAAGAGAGAGAAGGAUGGAGUUGAGGUGAAGGAUGUGGAUAAUGAGGUGAAGGAUUUGAGUGAAAAGAAUAUCAGUAAGAAGAAGAAGAAGAAGAAGAAAAAGAAUAAGAAAAAGAAGGUGGUGAAGAAGGAGGAAGAGGGAUUGCAAAAAGCAAAUGGAGGAAGUGAAGAAAUAGUUGUGGCAGAGGCAGUUCAAACUUAUACCAGUAAUGAAGAUGGUAUUUCUACGAAAGUUUAUGUCGGAGGCAUUCCUUACUACUCAACAGUGGAUGAUAUUCAAAGUUACUUUGAAGGGUGUGGAAGCAUUACUGAAAUAGAUCGUCUGAAGUUUCCUGAGACCGGGAAGUUUAAUGGGAUUGCCAUGAUAAGUUUUCGGACUGAUGCUGCAGCAAAAAGAGCAUUAGCGCUAGAUGGAUCAGAUAUGGGUGGACUAUUACUCAAGGUCCAACCAUACAAGCAAAUCAGAGAUAAAAAAGUUUCCGACUUUGCCCCUGCAAUGUUGGAGGGCUACAACAGGAUCUAUGUAGGAAAUUUGUCAUGGGAUACAACAGAAGAUGAGUUGAAGAAACUCUUCUCUGAUUGCCGUAUAUCCUCUAUUCGACUUGGUAAGGACAAAGAAACAGGGGAGUUCCGAGGUUUUGCCCAUGUGGAUUUUGCCGAUAGUCUUUCCUUAACAAUGGCAUUAAAAUUGGAUCAAAAACUUCUUUUCGGGAGACCCGUGAGAAUUAGAUGUGCGGUCCCACCAAAAUCAGUAAACCCCAGUUCAAAGUUGGAACCCGCUGUUGGUGAAAAUGAGGCCAAUGUUUUUAAUGCCCCUGUGGGUGUCACCAGUGAUACAGUAGUUAAUGAUGAUGUGGCCAGAAAAGCAAAGAGGCAAACAUGCUAUGAGUGUGGACAUAAGGGCCAUCUUUCUUCUUCAUGUAUGAACAGAAAGGCUGCUAAUGUGGCACAUACAGGUUAUGAAACUAAUGAUGUGGCAUUUGAUAUAACCAAUACUUUAGCUUCUAUGGUGGCUACAGAUAAAAAGGAUGCUGAUAAUUAUGGUGACGGUAAGCUGAAGAGGAGGACAUGCUACGAGUGUGGUGAAAAGGGCCAUCUUUCUUCAUCAUGCCCGAAAAAGCAAGCUGCUGAUGUGGCUAAUACGGGCAGCAAAUCUAAUGACUUCCCUUUUGCUCCUGUGGUGGCCAUGGCUAACGGAGGGGUUGAAAAUAACAUGAUUAAUUCUGUUAGUGAUGGUAAGCUAAGGAGGAGAACAUGCUAUGAAUGCGGUGAAAGGGGUCAUCUAUCGUCAUUAUGCCCAAAGAAACAAGCUACUGAUGUGGCAAAUAUGAGCAAAGAAUCUAUUGGCAUGGAAAUAGAGAAAUUUGAGGAGCCUAAAACUAUAGCAGCUGUUGGUAAUGAAGCUGGUGGUAAUCUGGUGAGUAAUGUUAGUGAUGGUAAGCUAAGGAGGAGAACAUGCUAUGAAUGUGGUGAAAGGGGUCAUCUAUCAUCACUAUGCCCAAAGAAACAAGGUGCUGAUGUGGCGAAUAUGAGCAAAGAAGCUAAUGGCAUGGAAGUUGAGAAAUCUGAGGAGCCUAAAACUAUGGCAGCUGUUGGUAAUGUUAGUGAUGGUAAGCUAAGGAGGAGAACAUGCUAUGAAUGUGGGGAAAGGGGUCAUCUAUCAUCAUUAUGCCCAAAGAAACAAGCAGCUGACUUGAUGAGUUCGAGCAAGGAAGCUAUUAAUGGCAUGGAAAUUGAGAAAGCUGAGGAACUUAAACCUGUGGAGGCUGUUGGUAAUGAAGCUGGCAAUAAUGUGGUGAGUUCUGUCAGUGGUGGUAAGAUAAGGAGGAGGACUUGUUAUGAGUGCGGUGAAAAAGGUCAUCUUUCCUCAAUGUGUCCAAACAUAAAAGCUGAUUUUAUGAAGCCUGGUUCUGCAUAAUCAAGCUUUGUGAUGGUCUGAACCCUGGGCUGUGCCGUGGUGGUCAGCCAUGCUUCACUCUAGUUCGUGAGGUUACAGGUUCGGCUCUUCUUGAUGCCGACUUUGGUGGCUGAAAACGUGCAUCAUUUCUUUGAUACGUAGCCGGGUGGUUUGCUCUUGCUGCACAGAAUGAAACAGUGAUUUGUUUUGACAUGCUUCAAUGUUUUGUGGUGGCCAACCGAUAGAAAUCAUGUUCAAAUAUGAAGUUGGGCGUAUCAGCGUGAACUUAUCGGCUGCGUACCGCAUGCUACAUUUUUCCAAAAUUAGAAGUUAAACAGAACAUAUAUUUUCUUGUCAUUAUAUCUCUUUGCUGCAUAAUUGGAUUCAUAAUUUCU